AUGUUGAAGUUUCUUGUGUUUGCUGCUCUGGUCCUGUGCGGACACUGCUCUGAGCAGUACAUAGAAGAUGUAGCAGACAAUUCUAGAGUGGUCGGAGGUUCAAACAGUUUACCUAACGCCUGGCCAUGGCAGAUCUCUCUCCAGUAUCAGUCCGGCAGCAGCUGGUACCACACCUGUGGAGGUUCCCUGAUCCGUGCUAACCGGGUGCUGACCGCUGCUCACUGUGUGGACAGGGUUGUCAAAUUCCGUGUUGCACUUGGAGACCAUAACCUUAGUGUAAAUGAAGGUACUGAGCAGAUCAUUGCUGUGUCCACUAUAAUCAAACAUGCUAACUGGAAUACCAAUAGUGUUUCUGCUGGUUUCGAUAUUGCCGUCCUCCACCUGGCUUCAAGCGCCACCCUGAACAGCUAUGUAAAACUGGCUACACUCCCAGCUGAUGGCCAUGUCCUGACCAAUAACUAUGAUUGUACCAUUACCGGAUGGGGAAGAACUGCCACUGGUGGCUCUCUGCCAUCCAUCCUCCAGCAGGCCCCCUUGCCCGCCGUUGACCAUGCCACCUGCUCUUCCAGCUCCUACUGGGGUAGCACUGUAAAGACCACCAUGGUGUGUGCCGGAGGUAACGGACAACAGGCUGGAUGCAAUGGAGAUUCUGGUGGACCUCUCAACUGUGCUGUCAAUGGUGUCUACCAAGUCCAUGGUAUUGCUAGCUUUGUGUCUUCCCUUGGAUGCAAUGCUUACCUCAAGCCAACAGUGUUCACCAGGGUGUCUGCUUACACCUCCUGGAUCAACAACAGCAUCUAAAUUGCUAAAACGUGAACAACUGGAGAAAAGACAGAUUGUGACAUCUGAUCCAUUUGCUAUAAUAUCAAG